CUAUAUAUCUAAUAUCUCUGAACAACUGAAAUCACAGUUUCUUCUAUCUAUCUAAUAUCUAUGCAUUCAGCAAUAUUGAUGAGUUAUAAAGCAUAUGCAAACUGAUACAAAGAUGUCAUCGAAGCUGCAUGUGACUCUCACGUGGCUACAGAGUUUCAUGUUCAAAAGGGUGUUGGGAGAUUGAUUGAGAAACAUAUAUGGCUGCUGUGAACGAAUGGCUGAAUGGUUAUUUGGAGGCCAUAUUGGACGUGGGAAGCAGUGUAAGGAAGAAAAAUGAUGGGAAGCUAAAGAACAAUAUUGCAAAGUUUGAAGAGCAACAAAAAUAUGAGAAGGAAGAAAAGUUGUUUAAUCCCACCACCAAGUACUUCGUUCAAGAAGUUGUCAAUAGCUUUGAUGAACAUGACCUUUACAGGACUUGGGUUAAGGUAACAGCUACAAGGAAUAGUAGCCGAGAUCGUAGUAACAGAUUGGAGAAUAUGUGCUGGCGCAUAUGGCAUCUGACUCGCAAAAAGAAACAGUUGUUGCAGAUUGCAUGGGAUGAUGCUCAAAGGCUUGCUAGAAGGCGUCUUGAUCGUGAACAAGGGCGAAACGAUGCUGCAAAUGACCUUUCUGAGCUCUCUGAAGGUGAGAAAGAAAAAGGAGAUGCUAAUGCCAAUGCUUCAGAGUCUGUCAAGGAUAAUAUGUCCAGAAUCAGUUCUGAAAUGCAACUUUGGUCGGAGGAUCAUAACUCUAGGAACCUCUACAUUGUCCUAAUUAGUAUUCAUGGUUUGGUACGAGGAGAAAAUAUGGAACUUGGAAGGGAUUCUGACACUGGUGGUCAGGUGAAAUACGUUGUAGAACUAGCUCGUGCUCUGGCCAACACAAAAGGAAUUUACCGUGUUGAUCUAUUGACUAGACAAAUAGCUUCACCAGGAGAAGUAGACUCUAGCUAUGGAGAGCCUAUUGAGAUGUUGUCAUGCCCCUCUGAUGGCAGUGACUGUGGGGGAGCAUACAUCAUUCGUCUUCCAUGUGGACCUCGUGACAAGUAUAUACCAAAAGAAUCACUUUGGCCUCACUUACCUGAAUUUGUGGAUGGUGCUCUCAGUCACAUUGUUAACAUGGCAAGAGUUUUAGGUGAGCAAGUGAAUGGUGGGAAGCCAACCUGGCCUUAUGUUAUCCAUGGUCACUAUGCUGAUGCUGGGGAGGUAGCAGCUCAGUUGUCUGGUGCAUUGAAUGUGCCUAUGGUGCUCACGGGGCACUCGUUGGGCCGGAACAAGUUUGAGCAGUUGCUGAAGCAAGGGAGGCUCUCUAGGGAAGCCAUCAAUGCAACCUACAAGAUCAUGAGGAGGAUUGAGGCUGAGGAGCUAGGUGUGGAUGCUGCUGAAAUGGUUGUCACUAGCACAAGGCAGGAGAUUGAAGAGCAGUGGGGACUGUAUGAUGGGUUUGAUCUCAAGUUGGAGAGGAAGCUUAGGGUCCGGCAAAGGCGCAGAGUGAGUUGCCUCGGGAGACACAUGCCAAGGAUGGUGGUCAUUCCACCAGGCAUGGACUUCAGCUAUGUCACAACACAAGACUCAGUGGAAGGGGAGGGGGACCUGAACUCACUCAUUGGAUCUGACAGGGCUCAAAGCAAAAGGAACCUGCCUCCAAUUUGGUCAGAGAUAAUGAGAUUUUUCACAAAUCCUCACAAACCAACAAUACUAGCCUUGUCCCGCCCUGACCCGAAGAAAAAUGUCAUGACUUUGCUCAAGGCUUUUGGGGAAUGCCAGGCCCUAAGGAAACUAGCUAACUUGACCCUCAUACUAGGCAACAGAGAUGACAUAGAAGAAAUGUCUAAUAGCAGCUCUACUGUUCUUACCAUGGUGCUUAAACUCAUUGACAAGUAUGAUUUGUACGGUCAAGUGGCUUAUCCCAAGCAUCAUAAGCAAUCUGACGUUCCAGAGAUAUAUCGUCUUGCUGCUAAGACUAAGGGAGUUUUUAUUAACCCAGCUCUGGUGGAACCAUUUGGUCUCACACUUAUUGAGGCAGCAGCUUAUGGUUUACCUGUAGUUGCAACAAAAAAUGGAGGGCCAGUAGAUAUUCUGAAGGCACUCAACAAUGGACUCUUGAUUGAUCCACAUGAUCAGAAAGCCAUAGAAGAUGCACUGCUAAAGCUUGUUGCAGACAAAAAUCUUUGGCAAGAGUGCCGCAAAAAUGGUCUUAAGAACAUCCAUCGUUUUUCUUGGCCUGAACACUGUCGCAACUACCUCUCCCAUGUUGAGCAUGGCAAGAACCGCCGCUCCACCUCCCGCUUGGAAAUUACACCAACGGCUGAAGAACCUGUAAGCGACUCACUGAAAGAUGUAGAAGAUAUUUCUUUUAGAUUCUCCACAGAAGGAGACUCCAAGCUGAAUGGAGAGAUGGACCCUGCAGCAAGGCAGAAGCAAAUUAUUGAAGCAAUAAUGUGCAGGGUCUCUUCAACUGGCAAUUCUAAUGUCAGUUACUUUCCUGGUAGGAGGCAAAAGCUUGUUGUAAUUGCUGCAGAUUGUUAUGAUGAUGAUGGAAAUAUAGCUGAGGCCUUUCAGGAUAUUAUCACAAAUGUGAUGAAAGCUGUGCGACUAGGCAUCAGAUCAGGCAGUGUUGGUGUGGUGUUGCUAACUGGUUUAAGUUUACAAGAGACUAUUGAAGCAUUGAACAGAUUCCAAGUAAACAUAGAAGAAUUUGAUGCUGUGGUUUGCAACAGUGGAAGUGAAAUGUAUUAUCCAUGGAAAGAUUUAAUGGCUGAUGCUGAUUAUGAGGCCCAUGUUGAGUAUGCAUGGCCAGGUGAGAAUAUUAGAUCAACAAUACCCAGGCUUGCUAGAAUAGAUGAUGGAGAGGAGAAUGACAUUGUAGAGUAUGCCAGUGGUUGCAGUUCAAGGUGCUUCUCCUAUAGUGUGAAACCAGGAGCCAUGAUCCGGAAGAUUGAUGAGCUUCGCCAAAGGCUGCGAAUGAGAGGCUUACGCUGUAACCUGGUCUAUACACAUGCAGGAUUGAGGUUAAAUGUGAUACCAUUAUUUUCUUCAAGAAAACAAGCACUAAGGUAUCUGUCAGUUAAGUGGGGAAUUGAUCUAUCCAAAGUAGUUGUAUUUGUGGGAGAAAAAGGUGAUACGGAUUAUGAAGAACUCAUGGCUGGCAUACAGAAGACACUUGUUUUAAAAGGAUUGGUUGAAUAUGGCAGUGAGAGGCUUCUUCACAGUGAAGACAGUUACAAAAGAGAGGAUGUAUUCUCCCAAGAUAGCCCCAACAUUAUCUAUGCAGAGAAGAGCUAUGAGGACUCUGAUAUUUCAGAAAUUCUGGAGAAUCUCAAAGUAUCAUGAUUUCUACUUCUAAAAGCCAUUAUCCAUGAACUUAGAAAUAACUACAAGCCAACUGGAAAAAAAAAAAAAAAAAACUAUACUGUAUAGUUGUACACCCCAACUUCAAUAAUAUACAACCAAUACAUCUCCAUAUCAUUUUAGAGAUGUGUUCUUACCUGAACCUUGGUGAUGCUCCUCCUUCUGCUGUUGUUCUUCUCCCUUCAAAGUCUCUGAAUUCUCUCUAAGGGAAUGGAGUACUUGCAAGUCAGAGGCGUAUGUGUCACUAGGGAUACUGUUUUAUACAGGUAUUUCAUAAAUCAUGAUCAUGUCUUGUUGAAGAUAUUUGAUAGUAAGUUAACCAAAAUAUGUGAGAGAUAGGGUGGCAUAGUUUAGGAAGGUGUUUUAAUAGAUAUAGUAUGAUGGUUAGAAAUUUACUCAACAAUCCCCCUUUUCAGGGAACAAAUAUUCUAUUGAUCUGUCUAAGGUGUUAUUAUCUUGGCCAGUACAAAAUGUAUUAUACAACAUACCAUUAUACACCAUAAAACAUAUCAUUAGCAAGAGAAUUCACUUGCUAUCUGCA